AUGGAGAGCCAAAGCCAACUCCAAGAUCCACAUUUAGGGCAACCUAGCAGAGGAGCCUCCUUUCUCGGAACUUAUUUCAAUGGAUUGAACACCUUAUUAGGUGUUGGAAUACUCUCAACGCCGUAUGCACUUUCUCAAGGGGGAUGGUCGAGUUUAAUAUUGCUAAUCUUUGUGGCUGUGACAUGUUGGUACACAGGGUUACUUCUCCAAAGGUGUAUGGAUAAGCAUCCACAAAUCAAAUCCUACCCUGAUAUAGGUAAGGUUGCUUUUGGCUACAAAGGAAGAGUUGUGGUAGCCACUUUCAUGUAUUUAGAGCUCUAUUUGAUUGCAGUAGAGUUUCUUAUACUAGGAGGUGACUGUUUGCAAUACUUGUUUCCAAACAAGAACUUCAAAAUUGGUAGUCUUAGAAUUGGAGGUAAAAGAGGUUUUAUUUUGCUUACUGCUUUGGCAAUAUUGCCAACAACAUGGUUGAGAAGCAUGGGGGUUCUGGCUUACAUUUCUGCUAGUGGUGUAGUGGCUUCAAUUAUUUUGAUCUCGUGUGUUCUAUGGGCUGGAGCAGUUGACGGUGUGGGGUUUCAUCAAAGAGGCCAGCUAUGGAAACUGAGAGAAUUGCCUGCUACUUUGAGUCUCUUUAAUGUCUGCUACUGUGCUCACGCAGUAUUUCCCACACUAAGCAACUCCAUGAGAGAUAAUAGUCAAUUUUCCAAGGUUUUACUGUUUUGCAUUGUGACAAGCACCAUAACCUAUGGAUUCAUGGCCACUAUAGGUUACUUGAUGUUUGGAGAUUAUUCAGAGUCCCAAGUGAUCUUAAAUCUUUCAAUGAAGAAAACAAGCACCUACAUAGCUAUUUAUACAACAUUAUUCACCACAUUCACUAAGUAUGCAGUUGUAGUCACUCCAAUUGCCGUUGCUAUUGAGGACACAUGGCGUUCCCACAAAAGCAGAUUUGUUAGCAUCUUAAUUAGAACAAUCAUUGUGGUCUGUACUAUGCUUGUGGCAAUAUUCGUUCCCUUUUUUGGGUAUAUUAUGGCAUUUAUUGGUGCUUUCUCAGGUAUCACUCUUGCAUGGUUGUUACCUUGCUUGUGUUAUCUAAAGAUAAAUGUAGCUGCACGGAGAUUUGGGUUAGAGUUGUUGGUCAUUAUAGGAAUUAUAUUAACAGGAUCAAUUAUUGGUGUACUCGUUAUAGAAAAUGAAGAUGGUGAUAAACAAAUUGAAGAUGUGCCUAAUCAGCUCUACGAUAUUUCUAUUAGUGAUAGUGAGGGUGAAACAAACCUCGGAGACGGUGGAAGUGGAAAUUUUGAUUAG